AUUUAUAAACUCGCCUGUCGAGCUAACGCAUGUGUCUUCUUCUUCUUCCUCUUCUUUGCCGUUCAACUGAGUCGAACUCGCCCCCAUAUACUGAGUCGUGACUCUUCGGAGGUUUUGAUUUGUUAUUGCCGUGUAUCUCGGACGAUCAGGUGUUCCGCAUUGUACUGUAGGAGAGCGGCGUCAUGGCGGUUUUCCGGCGAGAAUGGUCGGUGCUCCGGUGACUGUUCGACGUCGUCGUCGUCGUCGUCGGUGGUGGUUGUAAUCGAAUCGGGGCGGAGAUGUUUAGGUCGGCGAGAUGGAGGGGCGAGAAGAACAGGAUGAAGGUCGUGUUCAGGUUGCAGUUUCAUGCGACUCAGGUUCCUCAGCUGAAUGCAAAGAGACUGACUCUCUCUCUGGUUCCUGGAGAUGUGGGGAAACCAACUUCGAGGUUGGAGAAUGCUGUAGUGCAGGAAGGAUUCUGCAGGUGGGAAUCUCCGAUCUACGAAACAGUGAAGUUCGUUCAAGAGCCGAAGACAGGGAUGGUUAAUCAGAGGGUUUAUCAUCUUACUGUAUCAACAAUGGGAUCUUCGAGGUCUGGUCUGGUCGGAGAAGCUUCGAUUGAUUUUGCUGAUUACGCUGCUUCAACCAAGGCUUUCAACAUUUCUCUACCAUUGCGGAAUUCAAAUUCAAAAGCAAUGUUGCAUGUCACAGUACAAAGGCAGCUAGAAGAUUCUGAUCCACAUAGGGAGGAUGAGGAAGGUGAGAGGCUGAGAAAACAAUCCGGGGUUCAUGAUUUGAAGUCCCAUUUAAGCAUUGAAGAUGCAGACGAAAGCCACAAGAGCGAGACACAAGAGGAUAUGCCCUUGAGUAGAGCUGCCCGGAUUGCUGAACUGAGGCGUAGAACCUCCAUAGAAUCCGAUAGUACGAUGUCGAGUUGUGGUAGUGUCUCUGACCUGAAUCCUCUCGGAGAAGUUGGACACAGAGAGGAUAUUGUUCAGAGAAAUCUCCAUAGUUUUGCUAAAUCUUUGGACCCAACCACUUUGCUUCUACGUUCAUCCACGAGUAUGUCUGAAGAGCCUCAUGUGUCAGAAUUGGAGUGGUCGGGGAGCUCUGAUCACGGAAUCAGCACUGAUGACUCUACCAAUAGUUCUAAGGACAUCUCAGUGAAUUCGUCUGAUCUCGAGAUAGAGAAGCUUAAAUCUGAUCUUGCUGUUCUUGCAAGACAAGCAGAUCUUUCGGAACUGGAGUUGCAAGGCCUGAGGAAGCAAAUCGUUAAAGAGAGUAAAAGGAGUCAGGAUCUCAUGAGAGAAGUGACCGGCUUGAAGCAGGAGAAAGAUUCUCUGAAGGCAGAGUGCGAGAGGCUAAAGCCAUCUGAAAAAUGGAAGGAUGAGAUGAAGGUGAGGAACAAAUUGCGGUAUGAAGGCAGGGAUCCGUGGGUUAUUCUGGAGGAAAUCCGACAGGAACUGGAUUAUGAGAAAGAUCUGAACUCAAAUCUUCGGUUACAGCUCCAGAAGACCCAGGAAUCGAACACCGAGUUGAUUCUAGCUGUGCAAGAUCUAGAAACAAUGCUCGAACAAAGGAAUAACGAGGCAUCCGAUCAUUCUUCCAGACCGGGAGGAGCCUGUAAGAACACGGAAGAAUCAAGAAGAAGGUCCUUCAGAAGUGAGACAUGUGAAGACAAGGAUCAAAAGGCGCUGGAAGAGCUUGUGAAGGGACACAUGGGUGGAAAAGACACAGAUCUCCUGGAGAAAAAGAUUGCAGAGCUCUACAACGAGAUAGAGAUCUAUAAACGAGACAAAGAUGGGCUCGAGAUACAGUUGGAGCAGCUUGCACUCGAUUAUGAGAUACUGAAGCAGGAAAACCAUGGAAUCUCAUACAAGCUAGAGCAAAGCCAACUGCUAGAACAAAUGAACAUGCAAUAUGAAUGUUCAUCGUCACUUGAAAAUCAAGUGGAGAGCAGAAUUGAAGAGCUUGAAACGCUGAUCGAGGGCUUGGAAGAAGAGCUGGAGAAACAAGCUCGGCUAUUUGAGGCAGAUAUCGAAGCAGUGACCCAUGCUAAAGUGGAGCAAGAGCAAAGAGCUAUACGAGCUGAAGAAGCCCUGAGAAAAUCAAGGUGGAAAAAUGCAACUGUGGCCGAGAAGCUCCAGGAAGAGUUCAAGAGGCUCUCGGUCCAGAUGGCUUCUACAUUUGAAGCGAACGAGAAGAUGUCUAUGAAAGCUAUUGCAGAAGCCAAUGAACUGCGCAUGCAGAAACGUCAACUCGAAGAAGUGCUAAAAGAUGCUAACGAAAAGCUCCAUGAGCUUAAAGAGAUGGUGAGUCACAAGACCGACGAGAUAGAGAGAAUAUUGGCAAAUCUUGAUGAGAAAUCCAAGCAGCUAGAUAACCUGAAGAGGCACGAGGAAGAUGAGAAUGCAGAUUUCAUCCGGGAGAUCUCAAGGCUGAAGGACGAGAUCGAGAGCCUGAAAAUGGACAAAAACACCAUUGUUGUUGAUGCAGAAAACCUCAGACUCGAACUUGAAAAGACGAGGAAAUCGAUUCAGGAAGCUGAUGCAUCAUUACAAAGAGGAAACACCGAGAGAAACGAGCUAUCGAGCACGAUUUUUUCAAUGAGGAAAGAGUCAGAGUCUCUGGUGGAGGAACUGAGUGAGCUGAAGCGAGAGAAGGAUGAAAAGGAAGCAGCUAUAAUCCGAUUACAAGCAGAAACAGAGACUGCAAAAGCCGAGUGUGAUGAUCUAAAGCAUUCUUUAUCAGAGAACGAGACAGAGAUUGAGAAGCACAAGAAGUAUGAGAUGCAGUUAAAAGGUGAGCUGAAGAAGAAGGAAGACGCAGUGAGCUAUCUGGAGAAGAAGCUGAAGGAGGGCAGAGCAGUGAUUAACAACUUAACGAAGUCCGGGCCACGAAACAAAGGCGGUUCAGUAGCUCACUCAUCAAAGGAGGUGUCGAGUAUGAAAGAGAGAAUAAAGCUGCUCGAGGGACAAAUCAAAAUGAAGGAAACCGCACUGGAAGCAUCCUCGAAUAUGUUCGUUGAAAAAGAAAGGGAUCUAAAGAGCAGAAUCGAAGAGUUGGAGACGCAGCUUGAAGAACUCAACCAGACCAAUGUAUUGGCAUUGUCUGAUCACCAAACCCAAGAGACAAUGGCUGAACAAAACAUAGAUGCAAUGCCAUCAAACAAAAGCGAUGAACUGCGAGAAUUGCUAACGGAAUUAGCUUCGCUCAGAGAACGAAACAAAGCAAUGGAAACCGAACUGAAGGAGAUGCAAGAGAGAUACUCGGAGAUAAGUCUGAAAUUUGCAGAGGUUGAAGGUGAAAGACAACAGCUUGUAAUGACUGUACGUAAUCUUCGGAACGCAAAGAAGAGCUAGUUGGAUUGUAUACCAAGACUAUACCGGAGUAAACCGAUUCACAGAACUGGAUAUCAGGAACAGUAAUCCAAAAUUUGUACAAAUUUCUCUUCUGUAUCUUUCAAAAUUUUCCUUAUUUUUCACAUAUAUAUAAAGAAAAUCUUUUUUUUAGGCUU